AUGACCAGGAUCGUCGCCCGAGUUCGUUUCAGUUUCCUGGAGUUCUUCGAGGAGGCUGAGGACGGAGUUGCCGCCGGCUCAAGGACUCGAGCUUUCAGUGCACCGCCGCUCCGAUCUGCGACUUUGCUUUCUUGCGCGGAGGAGCCGAUGCUGCUAGAUCCCGCGAAGGAGUCAAAGGAGUCGACUGAGCUGGUACGCAAUCGUGGUAGCGAAGGGCAUCCGUUCUUCUGCGCUCGCCCUUGCAUCCGCUAUCACGCCUCCGGCACCUGCCAGCUUGGUUCCAGCUGCGGCUUCUGCCAUCACGUGCACGAGCCCGAAAUCAAGCUGGACAAGAGGCACCGUGCGGCUGUGCACACGAUGCCCUUGCCGGAGCUGUUCGAGAUCAUGUGGCCCUUGCUUGAGCGUCGUGCCCGGGAUGCCGGCGUUUCGGAGGCUGACAUCCAAGAGAUGUAUCAGGUCCUCAGCAACGAAAGCCAACCUUCUGUCAAUGCGCGCACGAUGACGAGCAGGGCCAAGCAGAACUUCCGGCAGAUGCUUCGGUCAACCAACAAGAAGAUGUCGAUGCUGCUCUCGAUGAUCGCAGGACGAUGCUCCGCGGAUGGUCAAGAGCAGCUCCUGGACGUGCUUCGUCGCUUGCGCAGUCGCGACUAA